UGAAAAAAAAGGGAAAAUCUUGAAAAAUCAAAAAAAGCGAACCCGAAGUCCUUCGGGUCCUUGAGCUAGAAAUAAGCGUGAAGGGUUCCUCUUUCUCUCUUCGAUUUCACGGAUCGGAGAGAAAUUUAGGGUUUUUACGUUGGUGGGUCGAAGUGAAGGCUUUCUCUCGAGCAGCGUUAAUGGCGGGGGGCGGAGCUGAUGACGACUACGACUACCUUUUCAAGGUGGUUCUGAUCGGUGAUUCCGGUGUGGGCAAGUCCAAUCUGCUCUCGCGGUUCACCAGAAAUGAGUUUAGCCUCGAGUCGAAAUCCACGAUCGGCGUCGAAUUCGCGACUCGGAGCUUGACUGUUGACGGGAAAGUCAUCAAAGCCCAGAUUUGGGAUACUGCUGGCCAGGAAAGAUACCGUGCCAUUACGAGCGCUUAUUACCGAGGAGCUGUAGGAGCGCUUCUCGUCUACGAUGUCACUCGACACUCCACCUUCGAAAACGUGGAGAGGUGGCUGAGGGAACUCCGGGACCAUACCGACCCGAACAUAGUAGUAAUGCUUGUGGGCAACAAAUCCGAUCUCCGCCACCUCGUGGCCGUGCAGACAGAGGAUGCUAAAUCAUUUUCCGAGAAAGAAUCUCUCUACUUCAUGGAGACCUCGGCCCUUGAAUCCACCAACGUCGAGAACGCGUUCUCGGAAGUUUUAACGCAGAUUUACCAUAUUGUGAGCAAGAAGGCGAUGGAGGCCGGGGACGAGGCCGCGGCCAAUGUACCUUCGAAAGGAGAGAAGAUUGACGUGAGCAAAGAUGUUUCUGCUGUCAAGAAAGGUGGGUGCUGCUCUAAUUAGGGUUCUUGUUGGAAAUGUGUUUCCGUUUUUUUUUUUUUUUGUUACACCUGCAUUCAACAUUCUUUGAAGGGCGACUUGGUUUAGGAACAAAGGUGUUUGCUGUGUCGUGUGUGAAGAAGAUCUUUAUCUUAGUUGUUGUAUUCCGGUUUGAUCUGAUAUGGUUCCGGUUAAGCCGGUUUUAUCCGGUUAAGUGGAUUA